GCGCGCUAAGACCCUCGCGAGGCAAAGGAGGCGAAGGGAGGGGGAAGGUUCUGGAGGGAGAAGUGUCCGCCGCCAUCUUAGCGUCGCUGCUGCGGCCGCGUCUGAAAAGAGAGCGAAGGACUCGGAACCCGUCCCGGGACAAAACGCCUGCCGGAGUUUAACGGCCGAAGGGAGAGGGAGGUCGUGAUCGAAUUCUCUGCUUGCUGCAAAUCCUUCUCCACUAGCAGCUCCUGCAUCUCGGGGUGGGGGGAGCCCACCUGUUUGGGCCAGCCAUGGAUCCGGCGUUCCCCAAUCCAUCCCAAAACACGAGUCACGAGGACGGAAUGGCCUCGGAUGACUUCGACAUUGUGAUAGAGGCCAUGCUGGAGGCCCCGUACAAGAAAGAGGAGGCCCAGCCUGGACCAUCAAAGUCUCCAACUGACCCCCCUACAGCGCAGCCCCCUCAGGAGGAACAAGGAAAAGAAGUAAAGAAAGACAGCGCCUCCAGCAGCAGUGGGGAAAGCAGCAGCAAAAAGAAGAAGAGCCGGAGCCGGAGCAAGAGCCGUGACCACAGACACAGCCGCAGUCGGGACCGAGACCAGCUUAUCGCAGGCGGGCUGCAGCCGGGAUCGGGCCAGAGAAUGUAAUAAUGGAGCAGAAGCCGCCAUCGGAGCCGCAGCCGAGACCGUAGGCGGGCCAGCCGGUCCCGCAGCAGAGAGCGCCGACGGGACGAGAGAGUGCGCUAUCGUAGCCCUCCACCUCCUGGGAGGCGAUUUGGACACAGCCGGAGUCCCUUGUUCAGAGAGAAGAGCCCCCUCCGGGAGCCUUUGGGCAGCCUGAGCCCGGAAGAACGCGAUGCCCGCACCGUGUUUUGCAUGCAGCUGGCUGCCCGCAUCCGCCCCCGUGACCUUGAGGACUUUUUCUCUGCUGUCGGCAAGGUAAUGGACGCGGGCGGAUCAUCUCUGACCGAACUCGCUGCUCAAGUGGGCAUUGCUUAUGUGGAGUUCUGCGACAUCCAGUCUGUGCCGCUGGCUAUUGGGUUAACAGGGCAGCGUCUCCUAGGCGUGCCCAUCAUUGUCCAGGCAUCCCAGGCGGAGAAGAACCGACUGGCAGCCAUGGCCAACAACCUUCAGAAAGGAAGCGGCGGUCCCAUGCGACUCUACGUUGGCUCCCUUCACUGCAACAUCACCAAAGAGAUGCUGCGUGGGAUCUUUGAGCCCUUUGGCAAGAUUGAUAGCAUCGUGCUGAUGCGUGACCAGGAUACUGGACAGUCCAAGGGCUAUGGCUUUAUCACAUUUGCAGAGGCAGAGUGUGCCCGUCUGGCAGUUCUGGAACAGCUAAACGGUGUUUGAGUUACCGGCUUCAAUCUACGUGGGUGGGACAAGUCAACUUAAAGGCUGGAUCGGACCACACGACAAUCACCUUUCCUGAUCGGGCGUGGACGAAGCCUGACCGAAAUGCCGCUCCUUAAUCUCGGGUGCAUUACCAGUUCCCAGUUGCAGCUGAUGGCCAAACUGGCAGAAGCAGGCUCCGCGAUCCCCCUGUCCACUACGGCUGCGGCCCAGGCUGCCCUGCAGCUCAACGGAGCGAUACCCCUGGGAGCACUCAACCCAGCUGCCCUGACAGCUCUGAGUCCAGCGCUGAAUCUGGCUUCACAGACGUUGGCCUCACAAUGCUUCCAGCUUUCGGGCCUCUUCACCCCCCAGACAAUGUAACGCAACCUGGUUUCCCCUCGCCCUCCCUUUUUCUCCCACGGAGCUCGGAGGGAAAUGACCAUCUCCACCCCAUCACCCCUUACCACCCGCGUUGGAUACAAGGCAGGGGAAACGGACUCUGAAGGAAAACCUGGGGGGCCCCCUUCUCAAGUGAACUGAUUUUAUUCCAACUUCCUGCCCACCAGGUGCUGGGGGGGGUGUUGGCAUUUCCUCUCCCCAGCUCUGGAACCAUAAUUGGAAGGGGGCGUUCCCCCCCACCCCCCAGCCUGGACCCCUUCAGAGGGACCCCGGGGGGGAUCCAUCCUGACCCCCAAACAAGGAUUUUGCAGCAUCUCUUCUUUACUUUAUGCCUCCUGGCGGAGCCCGGUAGGGCCGUGGUGUUGGGAUCUAAUUUGCCAUUUCUCUUCUUCCCCCCCGCCCCCUUCCUCUCUUCACUUUCUGAUGGUGUGUGGUGGGUAUCUGCCCAGAUGCCUUUUAGAAAUGUCUCAUUUGCAAGGUGGGAGGGGGGUGUAAAUAAGAGGGGAAGGAACGGGGAGGAGCGAGAACCAGCGAUUGGUUGGAAAGGGGGGGUCCAGAGGGGAUACCCUUCCCUUUGCAGGCCGUGUUUUGUUAUCCCCUGUAAAUCUGUACUGGGCACAUACAGUGUGGGGAUGAUCUCAUUCCUCUCUUUCCUGGCCCCGUCCUCUUUUUCUUGGGUCUGUACCCUCUUCUUGGUGUUCCUGUUACUUCCUGCUGCACCCUCCCCUCCUAAGUCUCUCAGACCACCUUUUCCCUCCCCUCCCCCCAACCUUUAAAGGUGUAUUUUGGUUUUCUUUCUUUUUAUCUGUCUCGACUUAUUUUAUUUUUUUUGCUUAUAAAUGAAUAAUAAAAGUCACCAAAAGUAGUCACA